AUGCGUUACACAACCAUCACUCUCCUUGUUAUUGGUCUUCUCACAGGCAAUGCCUUGACUGCACCUGCUCCUCAGUUCGGCGGCGGCGGCUUCGGAAGUGGCCGUGGUGGUGGUGGUAGAGGUGCCGUAGGUGGUGCAGGCGGCGGCGGUGGUGGCCGAGGAGGCUUCGGCGGCGGUGGUGCCGGAGCCGCUGCUGGUGCUGGUGCUGGUGCUGCUGGUGCCGGUGCCGGUGGAGCUGGCCGUGGAGGCGGUGGCGGCGGCGGCAACAGAGGUCAGAAUGCCGGCCAGAACGGAGGCGGCAACAACGGCGGCAACAACAAUGCCAAUGCCGGCAACGCGAACGCCGGCCAGAACAAUGAUAACAACAACCAGGACAACGCUGCUGCAGACGAUGCCGCGGCUGAUGCCAACAAUGGCAACGCGAACAACAACAACCAGAACAACCAAAACAAUGGCAACAACAACAACAACAACAAUAACAACCAGGACAACGCAAAUGACAAUGCGAACGCCGACGACAACGCCGAUCAAGCAGCAGACGCGGACGCGGCGGCCGACUUUGUUGGCCUCGCUUGCACCGAUGGAACUGGUGCUGGCGCUUGCCAAGCAGACGGCCAGUGCGAUGUUAAUGGCGACGUCAAGGUUGUCGCAGGCCAGUGUGGCCAGGCCGCUGCCGAUGCCUAA